AUGAUGAACUCGAGACACUAUAGAGAGCGUUUGAUAGACGAAGUGAAAAAGUACCCGGUGCUGUACGACACGCAGCAUGAGAACCACCGCGACAUCGACGUGCGCGAUCGCUGCUGGCUGGAGAUCUCCGACCGGCUGGGCGCUAACAGUGAGGUGCUGAAGCGCGAGUGGAAGAUUUUGCGUGACUCCAUGCGCCAGGCUUUAAAGCGCAGUAAGACGGGCGCCACCACUAAAUCAGGGUUGCCAUGCAAGAAGUGGCGCUUCCAAAGUCGCAUGGCCUUCGUGUUGCCGUACAUGACAAUCAGGCGAAACCAACGGUCAGUGAAGAGCAAUAUCAAGGUGGACGACAUGGAAGCGGGGUCAGAGCACGAGCGCGAGGCUGAGGCGUGGGAGCCGAGUCCUCAGGCCGACAGUGACCACGACUCUCUGGAUCUGUUUUUCGCAAGUGUCUGCCAAAGUACCAAACGGUUACCAAGAAAACUUCAAUCUUCAGUAAAAAGACAAGUUCUGGAUGCACUUCUCAGAGUUGAAGAAGAGUGGGAGGUGGAACAAGCAGAGUCUAAGACUGAAGUAAACAAAAACUUCUGA